AUGAAGAGUCCAAAUGGACCCCCUGUGGACGCUUUGUGUGAGCAGCACACGCCCACCGAGUAUAAACGUCCCGCGCGGAGCAGUCGAAGCCUCUUUGCUCCCUUCAUCCCGCCGCUCGCCCAGGAGGACCACCGCGGACGCGCCGUGCUGCGUUCCAAGGUCGAGGACGAACACCAGCGCCCCCCGUGCGCCAUCCUGCAGCUGAGACUCGGUCCCGGCGGCGCUCUCCACGGGCAUCUUCAAGCGGACGCGCGUGUGGCCUUGGAGCGUGCGCAGAGGCGGCGGCGCCUGGCCGCCAACGCCCGUGAGAGGAGGAGGAUGCUGGGCCUCAACGUGGCCUUCGACCGCCUGCGGAGCGUCAUUCCCAAGCUGGAGAGCGACAAAAAGCUCUCCAAGUCGGAGACGCUCCAGAUGGCUCAGAUUUACAUCUCCACCCUCAGCGAGCUGCUUCAGGACACGCCGCGCCCCCCAGCAGACGACCUCCAGCGCCAGGACGGGGAGCCGCAGGGGGAGUGUCGGGAAGACCCGACUCAGGAAGGGGCCCGGCCUGCUUAG